AUGGAAGGCACCGAAGAGAUGCCAGAAGCUCUAAGAGAAGAGCUUCUUGAUUCAAUUGGUGGUGUUGCGAAUCAGAAUGGACACAUCUCUUUGUCCCAUGUUCAAAAAUUUGUUCCCAAAAAGUGGAAAAUAGGUGAGAACAAUCGCACGGAAUCAAUGGUGGAUACCCUCCUGAAAACCCUGAAGGAAUUUGCCUGUCAAGGCCACUUAUCAGAAGCCUUUAGGACUUUUUCAAGUUUUCGAAGUCACACAGUAGCAUCCUUCUCGUUUGAUCUUACUAUACAGGCAUUGUCUUCUCUUUUGGUAAGUAGCACUAACCUGAAGUUGCUUCCAGAAGGUAAGCAACUUCAUGCCCAAGCUAUCAGUUUGGGUCUUGAAGAGCACCCAGCCCUGGUCCCAAAACUGAUAACUCUUUACACUAGCUUCGAUUUGCUUGUUGAUGCACGUACUAUAACUGAAAUAUCAAAUUUUUUGCACCCAUUGCCUUGGAAUCUUCUUAUCUCGUCAUAUGUCAGAAAUGGGCUUAGCAAGGAAGCUAUUUCUACUUUCCAACGUAUUCUGAAUAAGGGAAUAAGACCUGAUAAAUUUACUUACCCUUCCAUACUUAAGGCAUGUGGUGAGCAAUUGGAUGUGAACUAUGGGAAGGUGGUUCACAGCUAUAUUGAUGGCAGCUCUUCAGAACACAACAUAUUUGUGCAAAAUGCAUUAGUUUCCAUGUAUGGGAAAUUUGGGGAAAUUGAUGCUGCUCGCAAGAUUUUUGAUAAGAUGCCUGAUAAGGAUACAGUUUCUUGGAAUACAAUAAUUUCUGGAUAUGCUUCUAAAGGUAGGUGGAUUGAAGCCUUUGAGCUUUUUGAAGACAUGAGAAAAGAUGGUGCACAAAUAAAUCUCUUAACAUGGAAUACCAUUGCUGGAGGUUGCUUGAGGACGGGUAACUUUAAAGGGACACUUGAGUUGCUUUCUCAGAUGAGAACUGGCGGUAUUCCUUUGGAUCCUGUGGCUGUGCUUAUAGGAUUGGGUGCUUGUUCACACUUGGGUAUAUUAAGAGUUGGAAGACAAUUUCAUGGUUUGGCUGUUCGUAGUUGUUAUGGUAGUCUUGAUAACGUUAGAAAUGCAUUAAUUACUAUGUAUGCUAGGUGCAACAACCUUAUGCAUGCACAUGUUUUGUUCCGAUUAUUAGAAGCUAAAAGUGUAAUCACAUGGAAUUCCAUUAUCUCUGGUUAUGCACACUGGGAUCGAUCUGAUGAAGCCUCCUUUCUUUUCAGAGAGAUGUUGCUUUCUGGUGUAGAACCGAAUUAUGUGACUAUUGCAAGUAUCCUGCCCCUUUGUGCUCGGGUGGCUGAUCUGCAGCAUGGCAGAGAGUUUCAUUGCUAUAUUAUAAAGCAUGAGGGGUUUGAAGACCAUUUGUUGCUAUGGAAUGCGCUUGUGGACACAUAUGCAAGAUCAGGAAAAGUUUCAACUGCCAAAACACUUUUUUAUCUGCUAGAAAAGAAAGAUGUUAUCACUUACACUUCACUAAUAGCUGGGUAUGGGAUUCAAGGAGAAGGAAAAGAAGCAAUUGAACUAUUUGAAGAGAUGAUUAGGUCUGAUAUUGAACCAGAUCAUGUAGCAAUGGUUGCUGUUUUGUCAGCCUGCAGUCAUUCAGGUCUUGUAGUCCAAGGUCAGAUACUAUUCGAAAAGAUGCAAACCAUCUAUGGUUUAGCUCCUCAUUUGGAGCACUAUGCUUGCAUGGUUGAUCUCUAUGGAAGAGCAGGUUUACUUAAAAAAGCACAGGAAAUUAUCACAAAGAUGCCGUAUGCACCAACAUCUGCGAUGUGGGCGACGCUCAUUGGAGCAUGUCGGAUCCAUGGGAAUACAUAUAUGGGAGAAUGGGCAGCUGAAAAGCUACUGGAGAUGAAGCCUCAGAAUUCUGGAUAUUAUGUGUUAAUUGCUAACAUGUAUGCAGCUGCUGGGUCUUGGACCAAACUGGCCAAGGUGAGGACUUUCAUGAGAGACUUGGGUGUCAGAAAGGACCCUGGCUGUGCUUGGGUUGAUGUUGGUGGUGGAUUUUCCCCGUUCCUGGUUGAGGACUCUUCUAGCAGUCAAACAAAUGAAAUAUAUGUUCUAUUAGGGGGACUAAUUAAGCAAAUGAAAGAUGCAGGUUAUGUUGCUUGUGCAGAUUCUACUAUGGAGGAAGAGUUUUUAGUGGAAUAGUUUUUGCUAACUGGUAUAUUAAUUUGCCAAUCAUCUCUUCUGGUCAGACAUGUUCCUUAACUGAGAUUUGCUCUCUAGAAGUGAUGACUGUACUAACAAUUACAGGGCUCUCUUAGAAAAAACUACAAAAUUAGAUCUUUUAAGUCUAUCUUUCCCAUGAGAAAUGUCUCAAAUGAGUUUUGUUUUAGUCUAUCACAAGGUUGAGCUGUGAUUAACAAAGAAGUAGAGACAGCUGCAUGCUCAAAUUGAGCUUUACUAAUGGAGAUCAA